GUUGGAAGCAUUAUAACCCGAUGAGGCAACGUGGGGAUAGGACUGAUGUGCACCACACCGAAGCUGUUCUGCUGAAAGAACGUGUGUCAGAUGUUAUGAAGCAAUCGUUACGUCAGUUCGGACUGGAUGAGCAGAGCAUUGAGGCAAAUUUCAGGCAUCCAUUAGAGGCUGUAACUAAGUGUCCACAGCAAAAACCAGACACGCUUGAUUGUGGGGUGAUAGUGUGUGGGAUAAUGCGACAGUAUGUGUAUCGUGGCGACGUGGAGCGAACAUUGCAAGGUAGUAAUUGCAGUGUGUUGCGAGCAAACAUGGUUAAGUAUUUCAUCAACGAUCCGACCCGGGGGCUGAAGGAUUAGAUGUGUUUGGUCUGAAACGGUGACGAGAAAUAAAUCGGACGCAGCAUUUUCUGGUUUUUGUAUUUGG